CCGUCCGCGAGUUCGGCGACGCUUACGCAACACGCACUUACCUCCCCUUCACUUCGCAGAUUUGCUUCACCGUUCAUCGUCUCUUCACUCUUCACUGUUCCCUUCGUCCUUGCGCCUCCGCCGUUCUGUUUCCUUCUUCCUCGACCUCGUCCGCCCUUCUGCCUCCGCCCUCCGCCAUCGUUGUUGCGCGCGCUCUAGUGCCAGCUUCUGGAUGAAUAUUUGAGAUCACGGAGUUCUGUAUUAUUUCAAUGAUGGGAACCAAUUCCUAUCCGCUACUAUCCAAUUGUUGCUUCUCAAGUCUCUCAGUAACUAAUGAUAGAGCUGGGUUUUAUGGCAAUCAUAUUGGUGGAAAUUCAUUACUUUGGAAACUUGGAUCUUCGGAUUUCCAUAAACACCAGUUUGUUUCAUUAAAAGUAAGGAUCAGUAAGGAGGACAUUGUAAAGUCAAAAUUGCUAGAAGAAAACCGGAGAGAGUUUAGAUGGGUUGAGAUAGGCCAUGACACUACAGAAGCACAAAAACAAGCCAUAUCUCAACUUCCUUUCAAGAUGGAAAAACGUUGUAAGGCCCUGAUGAGACGGAUUAUAUGCUUUUCUCCUGAGAAGGGAAACAUGUCUGAUCUGUUGGGGGCUUGGGUGAGGAUCAUGAAGCCUAUUAGAGCUGACUGGCUUUCUGUUCUUAAAGAGUUGAAAACGAUGGAUCAUCCUUUUUACCUUCAGAAUCAAGGGGCUAUUGUGUCUGAUGCUAUCCUGUUUAUAUAUGUCUGAUGGACAUUGUAUGUAGUUAUGCAGCCAUUUAUAACUUUGCCGAGGAAUAUGGUUCGACUGACCUAUUUUUCUGUUCCUUUCUUUUACUUA